AGCCAUUUUGGCUGAAGCGCGGCGCCGCUGGUCGGGCCCUUCCUCUCCCCCUCUGGCGCCGCCGUCGGAAGCCGGGCGCCCCCCCCCCCCCUCCGCCCGUGGGCGGCCAGGCCGUCGGGGCAGAUGUACGCGCGAGAGGACGUGAACGUGGCAAAGUUGCUGCAGCGGCUGCCGAAGGCAACCCAGGAGCAGGUCGCCGCGGACUCAUUCCUUGACGAGUGCUGGGCGAUCUUCAAGAGGUACGACGCCCGGGGCGCGGAGAAGCUCGAGGGCGCGCCCCUCUGGCGCGCGUUGCUCGACGCGCUCCCGGGCGCGUUCUCGCAGGGGAUCCUGAGCAACCAGUACGGGUGGUCCCUGCAGCAGGACGCGGUGUUCGCCUUCACGGGGUGCGGGCGCGACGGCGAGGCGGCGGUUUCCCUCGUCAAGUUCCCCGAGUUCGUGAAGUUCACGCUGGCGCUGCUGCUGCAUAAGUACGCCACCACCGCGCGGGUGCUCGCGGCGCGCCCAGGAGACCGACCACCGCCUGAGGAAGACGAAGAUCGUCGCCAGCCUCGGGCCCGCCUCGUGGAGCGAGGAGAUGAUCCCCAAGAUGAUCGAGGCUGGCACCGACAUUUUCCGCCUGAACUGCUCACACCGCCGCGGCGGCGACUUCGAGAGGGUUUACCCCCUCAUCCGCAAGUAUUCCAGGAUGAUGGGCCGCAGGGUGGAGGUGCUCGGCGACCUCCAGGGCCCGAAGUUCCGCGUCGCCGAGCUGGAGGGCGACCCGGUGCAGCUCGCCGAGGGGGACGUGCUCGAGUUCGGCAUUUGCAGGACGGACUCCGACAACAUCAGGCCCGGGCGCAUCACCCUGAAGCCCACCGUGGAGCAGAAGGCGCUGGUGCGUGCCUGCGCGCCCGGCAUCGACCUGCUCAUCGAGGACGGCCUGAUGAAGGUGACCUGCGUGGAGAAGCUGUCCGACACGGAGCUCAAGGUGAAGGUGGUCCGCGGGGGCAAGCUCAAGGCCCGCAAGGGCGUGAAUGUGCCCGACGUGGAGAUCGACUGCGCCGCCCUCACCGAGAAGGAUGUCGAGGACGCCGAGUACCUCCUGGGCCUGGACCCGCCCGUGGAGUACAUCUGCGUCUCCUUCGCGCAGAAGGCCCAGGACCUGCAGGAGCUCAUCGACAUCAUGGACCGCCUGAAGGUGCCGCCAGAGAGGAGGCCGAAGAUUUGCCCCAAGAUCGAGAAGCCGCAGGCUCUGACCAAAUCGACGGCAUCAUCGAGAAAUCGCAAGCGCUGAUGGUCGCGCGCGGCGACCUGGGCGUGGAGAUGGAGUUGGAGCGCGUCCCGUUUGCGCAGAAGCUGCUCAUCGCCAAGGCCAAGCGCGCGGGCCUCUUCGUCAUCAACGCCACGCAGGUGGUCGAGAGCAUGAUCGAGUCGCCUGUGCCCACGCGCGCGGAGGUGUGCGACGUGCAGACCGCGAUCUUCGACGGCGCGGACGCCGUGAUGCUGAGCGGCGAGGCGGCCAGCGGCAAGUUCCCCUGCGAGGCCGUGCGGGCCGAGGCCGACGCGGCGCUUGAGGCGGAGACCGUGCGCGACCUCAUGAGGCCGCAGAUACCCGACGGCGCCCACCCGCACGAGGCGAACAAGCCGCGCGAGCUGGACGACAGCAGGCGGAAGACUAAGGUCGUCGCGAGCUUGGGACCCUCUUCGUGGAGCGAGGAGAUGAUCCCGAGGAUGAUCCAGGCGGGGACGGACAUUUUCCGCCUCAACUGCUCGCACCGCCGCGGCGGCGACUUCGAGCGGGUGUACCCGCUCAUCCGCAAGUACGCCAAGGAGCUCGGCAAGCCCGUGGAGGUCCUCGGUGACCUGCAGGGGCCGAAGUUCCGCGUCGCGGAGUUAGCGGGGGACCCGGUGCUUCUGGAGAAGGGAGAGAUUUUCGAGUUCGGCCUUUGCAAGGACGACAGCGACAGCAUCAGGCCGGGGCGGAUCACCAUGAAGCCCACGUUGGAGCAGAGGGCGCUGCUGAAGGCCUGCAAGCCGGGCGUGAGCCUGCUGAUCGAAGACGGCAUCAUGGAGGUGAAGGUCGUCGAGAAGUGUUCGGAGAGCGAGCUGAAGGUCGAAGUUGUCCGCGGCGGCAAGCUGAAGGCUAGGAAGGGCGUGAACGUGCCGGACUGCGAGAUCGACUGCGCCGCCCUCACGGAGAAGGACAUCGAGGACGCCGAGUUCCUCCUGCGGCUCGAUCCGCCCUGCGAGUACAUCUGCGUGUCCUUCGCGCAGAAGGGCCAGGACUUGCAAGAGCUUAUCGACAUCAUGGACCGCAUGAAGGUGCCGCCCGAGAGGCGGCCCAAGAUCUGCCCGAAGAUCGAGAAGCCGCAGGCGCUCACGAACAUCGACGGCAUCAUCGCCAAGUCGCAGGCGCUCAUGGUGGCGCGCGGCGACCUGGGCGUGGAGCUGGGGGUCGAGCGCGUCCCCUUUGCACAGAAGCUGAUGAUCAAGAAGGCGAAGGAGGCUGGUCUCUUCGUCAUCACCGCCACGCAGAUGGUCGAGAGCAUGAUCGAGGCGCCUGUCCCAACGCGGGCAGAAGUCGCCGACCUGCAGAACGCCGUCUGGGACGGCACCGACGCCGUGAUGCUCAGCGGAGAGGCGGCGUCCGGCAAGUUUCCGGUCGAGUCGGUGAAGGCCGAGGCGGCGGCGGUCCUCGAGGCAGAGUCGGUCCAGGAUUUGAUCAUGCCGCGCCUCCCAGACGACUUCUCCGUUGAAGAGGGCAACAAGCCGCAGGAGAUGGACGACAGCAAGCGCAAGACGAAGGUGGUGGCGAGCCUGGGCCCUGCGUCCUGGAGCGAGGAGAUGAUCCCCAAGAUGAUCGAGGCCGGCACCGACAUCUUCCGCCUGAACUGCUCGCACCGCCGCGGCGGCGAUUUCGAGAGGGUCUACCCUCUGAUCCGGAAGUACGCCAAGGAGCUGGGCAGGAAGGUCGAAGUGCUGGGGGACUUGCAGGGUCCUAAGUUCCGCGUGGCGGAGCUCGCGGGCGACCCAGUGCCACUGAACAAUGGCGAGGUGGUGGAGUUUGGGAUCUGCGUCUCGGAGGAGGACGCCAUCCGGCCUGGCCGCAUCACCAUGAAGCCGACAGCGGAGCAGAAGGCUCUGGUUAAAGGCUGCCAGGUGGGCACCGUGCUCCUGAUCGAGGACGGCCUCAUGGAGGUGCGAGUUGAGGAGAAGCUCUCCGAAACAGAGCUGAAGGUCAAGAUCGUCCGCGGAGGGAUGCUGAAGGCGAGGAAGGGCGUGAACGUGCCAGAUAUCGAGAUUGAUUGCCCCGCCCUCACAGAGAAAGACAUCGAGGAUGCCGAGUUCCUGCUCCAGCUGGACCCGCCGUGCGAGUACAUCUGCGUGUCGUUUGCGCAGAAGGCGCAGGACUUGCAAGAGCUUAUCGACAUCAUGGACCGCAUGAAGGUGCCGCCCGAGAGGCGGCCCAAGAUCUGCCCGAAGAUCGAGAAGCCGCAGGCGCUCACGAACAUCGACGGCAUCAUCGCCAAGUCGCAGGCGCUCAUGGUGGCGCGCGGCGACCUGGGCGUGGAGCUGGGCGUGUACCGCGUCCCCUUUGCACAGAAGCUGCUCAUACAGAAGGCCAAGCAGUCUGGUCUCUUCGUCAUUACCGCAACGCAGAUGGUGGAGAGCAUGAUCAGCGCGCCUGUGCCAACGCGCGCGGAGGUGGCAGACCUCUGCAACGCCGUCUGGGACGGCACCGACGCGGUCAUGCUGAGCGGGGAGGCCGCCAGCGGCAAGUACCCCCUCGAGUCUGUGCGCGCCGAGGCUUCGGCCGUGCGCGAGGCAGAGUCGGUGGCGCACCGCAUCCUGCCGGCCACGCCGCUGGUGGUCUGAGGGCGCUUUGGGGCAGCUUUGCAGCACUUGCCGACUUUUAGGGGCCCCUUUGGGUCUUCGGCCGGGCAGCAGCGGGCUACACGUAAGAUCGACCCUUCGCGCCAAAGUGGCCAGGAGAAAGAGGACAAAGAAGCGUGACGUGCCCACGCCAACAAUCAGUGGACGCCCUGGGGUCUCAG